AUGAGUGCAGACCUAAACAGAGACUACGAGAUUGGCGAGGAGAUCGGCCGCGGGCGGUUCGGCGUCGUCCACCGCUGCACGUCGCGCUCCACCGGAGAGGCCUUCGCCGUCAAGUCCGUCGACCGCUCCAACCUCGCCGACGACCUCGACCGGGAGCUGGCGGAGAUCGAGCCCAAGCUGGCCCAGCUCGCCGGCGCGGGGAACCCGGGCGUCGUGCAGGUGCACGCCGUCUACGAGGACGACUCGUGGACCCACAUGGUCAUGGACCUCUGCUCCGGCCCGGACCUGCUCGACUGGGUCCGCCUACGCCGCGGCGCGCCCGUGCCGGAGCCCGUCGCCGCGGACAUCGUCGCGCAGCUCGCCCAGGCGCUCGCGCUCUGCCACCGUCGCGGGGUCGCCCACCGCGACGUCAAGCCUGACAACGUCGUCCUGGACGUCGACGACGACGGUGAAAACAGCUCCCCGCGCGCGCGGCUCGCGGACUUCGGGUCGGCCGCGUGGAUCGGCGCCGACGGCGGCCGCGCCGAGGGCCUCGUGGGCACCCCACACUACGUCGCGCCCGAGGUUGUUUCCGGCGGUGACUACGGCGAGAAGGCCGACGUGUGGAGCGCAGGCGUGGUGAUGUAUGUGCUGCUCUCCGGCGGCGCGCUCCCCUUCGGCGGCGAGACGGCGAAGGACGUGCUCUCGGCCGUGAUGCGGGGCAGCGUCAGGUUCCCGCCGAGGCUGUUCUCCGGCGUGUCUCCGGCCGCCAAGGACCUGAUGAGGCGGAUGAUGUGCCGCGACGAGUGGCGACGCUUCUCCGCCGAGCAAGUUGGCCACCCGUGGAUCGUGAGCGGCGGAGGAGCCCGGGCGAUGGAGCAGCCAACCUGA